CUGCCGGCAGAGCAGCGCGGGGAGGUCCCGCGGAGGAGGCGCUCCGGCCGGCUGGUCCCGGCGGGAGCGGCUGCUCGCGCUCUCCUUGGGGGAGCCGGCAAACUUCCCCGGGGGCGGGAGGUAGAGAAGGAACCGUGUCCCGGUACCGCGGCUCAGCCUGCCCCUUUCUCCGGCCGCCGUCCCGUCCCGGGCGGUGCCUGCGGCCAGACCUGCCUAGCGCCCGCCGGGCUCGUCCCGUCUGCCUCCCAUCGCCGCGACUGGCUACAGGGCUGCCUGCCUCUGCCUCGUCCCGUGGGGAGCGGAGGGAAACGAGGGGGUCGUUUCCAUGGAGAUAGGGCCGCAGCCGCGGGGUUUCGGAGUGAAACUUUGCCGCGGGCGGGCGGCGGGGCGCUGAGCGGAGCGCUCGGGCCGGCUGUGAGAGCGGGGUCCGUCCCCUUCCACCACCCCCGCGGCGCCGGGGACACCCUGCUGAGGAGCCGGGAAACUUUUGCGCCGCGGAGCCGCCGCCCGCCCACGCCCCCCGGGGCGGCUGCUUGGCGGCCGUCCCCUCUCGGCGGCUCCCGCGGAGCGCUGCUAUGGCACCCGCCCGUCGCCGCGGGGCGAGCAGGGGGAGGCCGCCUCCGGCUGGCCGUGCGCUGGCGGCGGCGGGGGGGCGCGCAGCCCCCGGGCGGCGGGCGUCCUCCUCCGGCCGGCAGUGACCGCCCCGGCCCCGCUCCUGCCUGCUCGCCAUGCCUGCCCCCGCCCGCCUCUCGCCGAGCACGGUGCCGGGGAAGGGCGAGGGGAGCCGCCGCCCUGUCACUCCCUGAGCCAGCCGCCGCCUCACCGGAGAAGCCCCGUGUCUGACGGGCACGGCGCAGCUCCGCAGCUCGCUGCGCCGGGAGGGCUGCGGGCACCGCGCACCUCCCCACAGGUUUGUGCUUAGGAGGUAAUUUUCAGCUGAGAAUAUUAAGUGCUUUGGAAAUGGGCCAUUGCUUAAAACUCCUUAAGAAGCCAAGAUCAGCAUCACCCUCAGUAAAUCCACAAGGAAUGAUGAGGCCAGCUGUUGGCAUUUGCCAAGGAGACAGACUGCAUAUUUAUAGUGCAGCAACUCUCCACAUUCUGUCUGGAUAGCUCUUGAAGGAGGAGCAUGGAGAAAGCAUGGCUAUGUAGACAAGGCACAACAUAGAACUAUGAUAGCAACCGGAGGAGUCAUAACAGGACUGGCUGCCUUAAAAAGGCAAGACUCUGCCAGAUCUCAGCAACAUGUAAAUCUUGCCGGAGCACCAGUUCCUGAGGAGAAGAAACCAGUGAGACGCCGGCCCAGGACAGAUGUAGUAAUUGUCAGGGGCAAAAUCCGUCUCUAUUCUCCAUCGGGAUUCUUUCUUGUUUUAGGAGUGCUUAUCGCAUUCUUUGGAAUUGCAAUGGCCAUCCUUGGAUACUGGCCCCAGAAGGAACAGCUGUUAGGAUCUGAAGGUAACCCAUCUCUAAAUGGAACCCGGACUCUGCGAAGCCAAGGAAGCAUUUUACUUCGCUUCUUUGAGCAGCAUGUGCACUCGGAUAAGAUGAAAAUGCUGGGCCCUUUCACCAUGGGCAUUGGAAUCUUCAUUUUUAUUUGUGCGAAUGCCAUUCUACAUGAAAACCGUGACAAGGAAACAAAAAUAAUACACAUGAGAGACAUAUACUCCACUGUAAUAGACAUCCACACCCUGAGGAUCAGGGAACAAAAGCAGCUGAGUGGUGCCUUCACUGGCUUGUUGGGGGAAGGAGAACUCCGGCACGGCGGGAGCUCCUGUGCGUCACGGCUGGCUGCGAACACGGUUGCGCCUUUCUCUGGCUUCAAGAGUAAUCUUAGAAUGGAUAGUUCUGCUGAAGAAGAUGAGAUUACCCUAAAUGAAGAUAGGACCACUAGUAGCCUCUUGCCACCUCUGCUGGCUGAGCAGUCUGGUUCAGUCUUUGGACUUUACCCUCACCCCAGCAAGGCUUCAGAUGACAAAAACACUAACUCUAUAAAGUGUGAAACAAAAUCCAUUGUAUCUUCUUCCAUUAGUGCUUUCACACUGCCAGUAAUUAAACUGAAUAACUGUGUUAUUGAUGAACCCAGUAUAGACAACAUAACUGAGGACUCAGAGAUCACCAGGAGUCAGUCUAGAAAUCUGUCAAUGGAUUCUCUGGCCAUUCCUCUAACUGAUACCAAUGAAUCCUACAGACCGGCUGGUUCCAUGCUGCCACGACACAAUUCUUUUGUGGACACUCCAUCGGAUCCAUUCAAAUCUUCUAUGACUGUCGGACCAAGCACAGGAAAGCUUUUAUCUCCUGGUGCUGCCAGGAAACAGUUUGGUUCCAACACAUCUUUGCAUCUUCUGUCUUCACAUUCUAAGUCCCUGGACUUGGACAGGGGUCCGUCUACACUCACUGUCCAAGCUGAACAAAGGAAACACCCCAGCUGGCCCAGACUGGAUCGGAGCAACAGUAAAGGCUAUAUGAAACUAGAAAACAAGGAGGACCCGAUGGAUAGGUUACUUGUGCCACAAGCAGCAGUCAAGAAAGACUUUACUAAUAAGGAAAAGCUUCUCAUGAUAUCAAGAUCUCAUAAUAAUUUGAGUUUUGAACAUGAUGAGUUUUUGAGUAACAACCUGAAGCGAGGAACUUCUGAAACAAGAUUUUAAUAUUUAAAUUGCAAUUUAGAAGAUGUCAUAUGGUAUUUUUUAAAAAAGCAUUUUGACAAGUGUUUCCUUUUCAAUGAGACUGUACAAGCCUGUUCUUAACCAAAUGCUUAAUAGCCCAUUAAAAUUGGCUUGUGCAAACAGAGAUCUUCAUCUUUGUAAUACCAAGAGUUUCUUGUCUUAGUAACAUACAGCUGCAAUACUGUACAUUACCAUUGCUUGGACAGUUUUGUUACGACUGAUUCCAAUUAUUCCCAAGUCAUUAUCUCUUUUGUUCUAUAUAAGCAUGUUACUUUUCACCAGUUCUACUCCAGGAGAGUGCAUUAGGAAAAAAGCUCAAUUUACCUGUAUGUUCUCUUGAUUUAAAGACUGCAAGAGACUGAAAGUAGCAGUCUUGUAGUCUAGAAUGGGAAGUGAGCAGGAGCAUGUACUGGAAUUGUCAAAUCCAGGCCUUUAUUCCUAGGUGUUGUCUUUCACAUGCAGUACAUCUCAGCAACUGCAGUCUUGCCAUUGUCAUUGUGAGAACCUUGUUUACAUACUGGGGUGGGUGGAUAGAAAAGAGUGGAUAUAAUUAAAACCAUUUUUGUGAGUUCAUUGUAAUUGAUCAAGCUGAAUACCAGUGUUGUGAAUUAUUAACUAUGCUUUGUACAAUCAUCUUUCUACAUCCAUUGUAAUUUAAUCCUGUAAUUCUGGAAAAGCAUAUAUAAAGUAAGAAAUCUGAAUUUUUUUCUGGGAUCAAUUCUGUAAAUCAGUUUAGAUUGGCAGCAGUUUUAAAAUCAAAAUAGAAGGAUUCAAUUAAAAUCAUAGGAAGCUGAUGAAUGCCAACAGGAUUUUAGAAACAUGGUGUAUAAUAAGAUGAUAUUUUAACUUGCAUCUGAAGACAAUAAUAGAAAAUUAAUAUACCGCCUCUCAUUACAAUAACAAGAUGCUGAAUAGCUAGAUCUCUAUGUUCAAAAUACUGAUACAAAGCAUACAAUUCAAUAUGUAUACUAACAUAGUAUGAAAGCCUAAAUUUUGGUUUAUAUAUUUCACAUAAUUACUGGUGUGAUGGUUCACUGAAGGCAUAGCUGUGUCAAUUUGCAUUACAAGGUUUUGCAAAAGGAAUUGACAUUUAAAACAGUGUUUUCCUCAGCAAAGCAAGCUUCACAGUUGACAGUUGUAGGCUAUUUCUAAAGAAAAGGAGAAUUGGAAUGUGCAUGUUAGAAGGUUUUCAUGUAUUCCAUUAAGCCGCUUAGGCCAUGAUCCUGCCAUGACAGCCACGCUAGAGAAUGUCACUUCAAGCUGCAAGGCUCACCCAACAGGAUGUUGGUCUUAAUUGGUCGGAUUUGAUAUAUUCUCUUACCCUAAAUACUCAGGAAUUAUUUUUAAUGGCUUUUCCCAAAAAGAAUCAAGCUUGUUAAAAUGUUGUAAUUUCUCAAUUACUUUGAUUAUGAAAGAUCAAGGACAAAAUACCCUCUCUCUCUUUUUUUUUUUAAAUAUUCAGCUCCGUAUUUCAAUUGCGCAAUGUUUAUGUAUCAGGAGCAUUACUUGCUCAGUGAGUUGAGGCAUAGUGUUAACUGUUAGAACCUCAAGCCUAUAUAUUGUAACAGAGUUGGCUGAAUAUUUUGCUAUGAAGCUUUUAAUAACUCUCUGGUUUGUGUUCUUAAAACAUUUGCUAUUUUUUGCAAUAAAAUGUCUCUCUACACAUA